UCCCCGUCAUCACUCCGCGUCCCGACCAGGAAGCCCUUACGCCUGGCAGCAGAAUAUGGAGGAGGAGGGGAGAGGUGAAAGUGCAGUUUGCGGGGUGUGUGCUGAACCAGGCAGCAUGACAGACCAAGCUCCCUUUGACACCAACUUGAUCACUGUGACCCGCUUCGUGCUGGAGGAGGGCAGGAAGGCGAAAGGCACCGGGGAAUUGAACCAGCUUCUCAGCGCUCUCUGUACUGCUGUCAAGGCGAUUUCGUCGGCCGUCAGGAAAGCGGGCAUCGCCAACCUAUAUGGACUUUCCGGAAGCAAAAUCAAUGUAACAGGCGAUCAGGUGAAGAAGCUCGAUAUACUUUCUAACGACAUGGUAGUAAACAUGUUAAUAUCCUCCUUCAGUACAUGCGUCCUUGUAUCGGAAGAAGAAAAAAAUGCCGUCAUUGUGGAUCCAGACACACGGGGAAAGUACAUUGUCUGCUUUGAUCCACUAGAUGGCUCUUCCAAUAUUGACUGUCUUGGUGCCAUAGGAACAAUUUUUUCUAUUUAUAAAAAGACAACUGAAGGCGAACCAAAUGAGAAAGAUGCUUUGCAGCCGGGUCGUAACAUCGUGGCAGCGGGUUACGCAUUGUAUGGCAGUGCCACCAUGCUGGUAUUUUCUGCAGGAAAGGGAGUGAACUGCUUCAUGCUGGAUCCAGCUAUUGGUGAAUUCAUUUUGGUCAACAAGAAUGUGACCAUGAAGAAGAAAGGCAAUAUUUACAGCAUUAACGAAGGCUACUCGAAGUACUUUGAUCCUGCAAUUUUAGAGUACAUCAAGCAAAAGAAAUGUCCAAAGGAUGGUAGUGCUCCCUACGGGGCAAGAUAUAUUGGCUCCAUGGUAGCAGAUGUUCAUAGGACUCUGAUGUAUGGAGGGAUCUUUCUGUACCCAGCCAAUACAAAAAGUCCCCAAGGAAAGCUUCGACUUUUGUACGAGGGCAAUCCCAUGGCGUACAUCAUAGAGCAGGCAGGAGGUAUGGCCACCACAGGUACGAAGAAUGUGCUGGACAUUGUACCUGAAUCCAUUCACCAGAGGGAACCAAUUGUACUGGGAUCCACAGAUGAUGUUCUAGAGUACCUCGAACAUGUAAAACGAUGUGCCAAAAUCAUAUAACAGUGGAAUAUGAAUCGCAAACUGUAAAGAAAAACCUGGACCAAAGAUUGUUCAUUUCUUCCAUGCAAAGUAACAUUCCAACUUGAUGAUCCAAAUCAUAUCAUUAAUAAAGUGAUUCCGAUCCUUAGAGUUAUCAAUCUAGUGCGUUUGGCUCAGCCUAGUUUUUGUGUGUCUUUAUGUAACAAAUGGUGCACAACAACACCUAUACAACAUAGAUCAAUGAAGGAUUAAAAAUAAACUUGAUCACUUACCC